CUAUGAUUAUCACAGAUUUUCCUCUAAUAAUAGUAAAAAUAAUUUAACCGGCACUCUUAAUGCUCAUGGACUCUUCGCCGAUCAAGAAGUUGAAGCAAUUGUUGUGAGGUCCCCAGGCAUUUACGUUUUUGGUGAUGUAUUUGAUGAUAUAAUGGACUUCGCGUAGAGUAAAGUGUUCAUUUGCUGUACUAAGUUGAAAUUUAAUGAAUGCCGGCCUCAACCAGUUUCCGGAACUUGAUGGCUUCUACAUUCUGAUGUCUUAAUUUGAGAGGGCUAAGUUUUAGUGCUAUCAUUUUUUUUUUCAGACAUGCUGAUGAGUGAAUAUCUAGCUAUUGAGUUUUGGUUUUGAUGUUUUGGAUUUUAAACAUAAUUGCAAUUGAUAGUAUAUUAGUUUUAUGUAAUAAACUUGCUAUUCCCAGAGAGGAAGCUGAUGCCUGUGCUGUAUUCUUGGUUUAAAGCAGAAUAUUUGAUGCCAUGCCCGUUAUGAAGAAGGCUUGACGUCUGUUAAUUCUUUGGAUGUUGCAGCUUUGAUGGACAUUUGAUAAAUGAUUCAGUUGAUAUUGUUAUGCCUAUGACUGCAUAAUUUCUCCCUUCUGUAUGAUAUUGAUUGCUAGUCUGUCACACAAACCUGUGUUCAUAUAUGACAUUCCUUUUUCUUAUUGUCCUCCACAUAAUAACAACUGAAUUAAUAGUUGUUUUACUUGAUUUUUUCAUGACAUUGAUCUCUCUGUGUUUUGGCUUUUUUGCUAAACUUUUUAAUCAAGUAGUCAAGUAAUUCUGAUGGUUCUUAUGGCUAACAGUAUGUUUUCUUGUGCGUGCUGUCCUAUACUUGCAUUUGUUAGACUUAGGCUCUUUUUAAUUUUUUUUUCAAUUAAAUAGGCUGUUAAUGUAAAUAUAACCAUACACAACUACUGGUUUUUCUCAGCAAUUAAAAAGGAAGAACACUAUGGACAACAAUGAAGUUGAGUCUAGCCAUUGGACUGGCAGUCCAGGAGUUACCAGCAUAUCCAACAGUCCCUUCCAAACACCUGUAUCUGCUAAAGGAGGAAGGAUAAAUAAUAGAUCAAAGUCCAAUAAAUCUACACCUCAAACAUCUGCGUCAAAUGCUGGUUCUCUGUCUCCUGUUACACCCGCUGGCAGCAGCCGUUAUGACAGUUCUUUAGGUCUUUUGACGAAAAGGUUCAUCAAUCUAAUAAAGCAUGCUGGAGAUGGUAUCCUUGACCUAAAUAAGGCUGCAGAAACAUUGGAGGUUCAAAAGAGGAGGAUAUAUGACAUAACGAAUGUCUUGGAAGGCAUUGGUCUUAUUGAAAAGAAGCUCAAAAACAGAAUACACUGGAAGGGUGUUGAUGCUUCAAGGCCAGGAGAAGCAGAUGGUAAUGUCUCUGUAUUACAGGGAGAAAUCGAAAACCUCUCCAUGGAAGAGCGCAGAUUAGAUGAUCAAAUAAGAGAAAUGCAGGAAAGAUUGAGGGGUUUGAGUGAGAAUGAGAACAAUCAGAGGUGGCUUUUUGUUACUGAAGAAGACAUCAAGGGUCUACCUUGUUUUCAGAAUGAAACCUUGAUAGCGAUUAAAGCUCCACAUGGAACAACACUGGAAGUGCCUGAUCCUGAUGAAGCUGUUGACUACUCACAAAGGAGAUAUAGAAUAAUCCUUAGAAGCACAAUGGGUCCGAUUGAUGUUUUCCUAGUCAGCCAAUUUGAGGAGAAAUUUGAAGAGAUGAAUGGUGUUGAGCCACCAGUGAGUGUCCCACUUUCUUCAAGCUCUGGCUCUAAUGAAAACCAAGUUGAGUUGGACAAUAUGGAGGGCACCAGAAAGGAGAUUGAACCACAGGCACAGCAAACUCAUCAAAUGGGCUCUGAUAUUAACGCUUCAAAGGAGUCUGUUGGGGGAAUAAUGAGAAUUUUUCCGUCGGAUAUUGGUAAUGAUGCAGAUUAUUGGCUUCUAUCAGAUGCUGAUUUUAGCAUUACGGAUAUGUGGAAGACAGACUCAGGUUUUGAAUGGAGUGGGGUAGAUAUGUUUCAUCCAGAUUAUGGAAUGGCUGAUGUCAGCACCCCAAGGCCACAAACUCCACCAUCUAGUAUGGCUGAAGUGCCAUCUUCCAAUUUUAACUCAACUCGUAGGUAAAAUUAAUUUUCCUGACCAAGUACUGAAAAGAAUGCCGACACCCCCUAUCUUUAAUUUACAUGGAUCACUGGAUAAAGAUGUGGAUGGUAAGUUUAGGGGCAUCGGAAUUUGCUGCACGAUUGAGCAAUUUUCCUAACCCAUGGUUUAGUUACACGUAUAAAAAAUGUUGCCAUUGGAAUUCUGGAUUAGAUGGGUGUUGAAGAUGGAAUAAAUGCAAUGGACAACACUGGAACAAGCACAAGGUUGACAUUGGGCAUCAAAUCUGAUUAUAUAUGCUCAUCAACAUCCCUUUGUUGAUCUGAGUUGCUUAAUUAGUCAGUUUGAAAUAUCAAAGCUGCCUGCCGAGGAUUGAUCUGUUGUUUGUCUGAGAUCAAUCAGUUGUAUAUGGAGAUUGUUACCAUCUAUAUAUCAUCAUGAUUGCAGCCAAUCCAGUGAUUUUUCAACCACAUAACUUCCCUGAACUUCAUCACUUUGUAGUUGAAUUUGAGCUAUUGCGUGAAAAUUCAUAGCGGAGUUUUUCAAGUUCUGUUUUUGCUAAUGUAAGAUUAGUGGGUUUUCCAAGUUAGAUGUAUUGCCAAUCCAUGGUUUUUCAUUUUCACCCACAUUUCCACUUUAUAUACAUAUUUUCGUAUUAGAUGAUUGGUGAU